AGGGUAGCCAAGGGUAGGUAGGGCCUCGAAAUUAAUUUCAGAGUGGUGCCCUCUAUCAGAUGUGCAUGGUGCCAGCUGUGUAAAUAAUUUUAUACAAUUUGAUAACGACCCAUCGAUCAAGACAAUUUGACAAGUUGAUUUCGUAUUUAUUGUGAUUCUAACACAUGCUAUGCGUUGACUGACAGUAAUGACUGAAGAAAAGGCUACUACACAAGAGUUCAAACUCGACCCCGACUGUGAAUUGCGGUUCGAAGUUGAGCAGAAAAAUGAAAAGGUCACAUUGGAGCUCAAAAGCGGUCUUGCAGAGGUAUUUGGUACAGAGCUAGUGAAAGGAAAAAAAUACGAAUUCAGUGCAGGAGCUAAACUUGCUGUUUUUACUUGGCAAGGAUGUGUUGUAGAGCUUGUUGGAAAGACUGACGUAACUUAUGUGGCCAAAGAAACGCCAAUGGGUGUUUAUCUGAAUUGUCACGCAGCUAUGGAACGUAUGCGAGAAGCUGCUGACAAGGAUGAUGCAGUAGGGCCCAUAACUAUGGUUGUGGGUCCAACGGAUGUUGGCAAAUCUACAUUCUGUAAAUUACUACUCAACUAUGCAGUUCGAAUGGGACGUAGGCCCGUUUUUGUUGAUCUGGACGUUGGUCAGGGAGAAAUAGCAAUUCCUGGAACAAUUGGUGCACUACUCGUUGAAAGACCAUCUAAUAUAGUUGAGGGGUUCAGUCAGCAGGCACCACUAGUCUUUCACUUUGGAUAUACUAAACCGAAUGCCAAUACUGCAUUGUAUAACCUCUUGGUAUCUAGACUCGCAGAAGUGUGUUCUGACAGACUACAAGCCAACAAAAAAGCCAGAGUCUCAGGCAUUGUUAUAAAUACAUGUGGAUGGGUCAAAGGACUAGGUUAUAAAUUCCUCACACAUGCUGCUCAGGCUUUUGAAGUCGAUGCCAUCCUGGUGCUCGAUCAAGAAAGACUGUACAAUGAACUUGUCAGAGAUAUGCCAGACUUUGUAAAGGUAGUUUUCUUGCCUAAAAGUGGGGGUGUUGUUGAAAGAAGUAAAUCCCUCAGAACAAAGUCAAGGGAUAAAAGAGUUCGUGAGUAUUUUUACGGCUUCAGAACUCCACUCUAUCCACACAGUUUUGAAGUCAAAUGGAGCGAAGCUAGGCUGUACAAAGUUGGAGCUCCCGUACUUCCAGCAUCAUGCAUGCCUUUGGGAAUGAAGGCUGAAGAUAACUUAACUAAACUUGUUGCGGUCACACCAGGACCUCACCUACUGCACCACUUACUUUCAGUAUCAUUUGCAGAUUCACCGGAGGAUGAUGUUGUCCAGACUAAUGUGGCUGGCUUCGUAUGUGUAACAAACGUCGAUGUCGAAAGGCAAACCUUCACGGUUCUCAGUCCACAACCCAGGCCUUUACCAAAUACUGUGCUCCUGCUCUCAGAUAUACAAUUUAUGGAUAGCCACUAAGAUUUUCAUUGAAGAUACCUGAAUGAAUUUUACACUUACCCUGUAACUAAUAUAUUUUUAUAGUGAAGGUGGUGAAUUUUCAAAGUAAAAAGUCAUAAAUUUGUUGCAUAAA